CUAAAAUAGGCAAAUUCACCAUGAAAAUUGAAAAUAUAUUGAUUGAGCAUUUUCCCCGUUUGAAAUGUGCAAAUUUUUUUAUACUUUUUGAUCAAAAUUUUGCGGAUGUGUCAUCGGUACGCGUCCAUUUACGAUCAAUGGAGAUUUUUGUGCAUUUUGAUAAUACGCACAGUACAACAAUCGAUUUGGAAUUGUUGAACAUUAACAUUCAAAUCAAUUCGUUGAGUUUGCUUAUCGCCAAAGACAACUUAAUAAGUUUUCGUAUAAAUACUGCAUCAAGUUUUCGCGAAGAAAUUCUACCAAUUAACGUCGCAACGACCGAUGUUGACACAAUGAAACGUCUUAAGUUGAAUGUGUGCACAGACAUGGAAUUUUCAAUUGUAUGUGAUAAUUGUAGUGGCCCAUUGACUAAUUUACUACGAUUUCGACGCAUCCUUGAACUACCAUCCGAAAAUAUGGAUUCAAACGAUUGGUUUUGUCACAAACCAGACGUGAGAUUGUGCAAUGGUGGAAAUGGUAGCAGUAGUCAUCACCAUCAACAACUAUUCAAUGCAACUAGCUUAAUACCAAAUGAAAAUGAUCUACUCUAUGGCAAUUUUUUUGCACUUAUUCAUCGUAGUCACAUUGUUAAUAUUCACAUUAAUUCGAAACAUCGAAUGCUGCACUGUAAGCGUUGUCUCAGUCACAUAGGCGAAUGUGUCAGUGAGUCUGCCGUAAAAUUUUGGAAUGGAAAUGUUAAAUUCAUUCAAAAUAUUGAUGCCAAAAUUUCGAACCGUUUAUUUCACGAUUCCAAUUCAUUAUUUCAAAAUUUUCUUAUUAUUGUUGAUCGUUUGACAUACGAUUAUCGAAUGCUUGGACGUCAAACAUUGAAAUUAUUAUUCGAAGCGAAUACCGUCAAAGGAACAACAUUUUUAUUUAUCCAAACAAUGGCACGAAACUUGGAACUUUAUCAAAUGAACAAACAAUCAAAUUUGAAUCGUGCAACAAUGAUGCGUGUUGAUGGUAUAAAAUGUUUAUUUUUAAGCGAAGAAAACACCGAUCCAACUCUCGUGAAUUUUUGGCAAAAAGAUGUUAAUGUGAUCAGUGCAUACAUUUCCAUUGGAAUGCUUGAUGCAACCGUUGAACAUCUACACAUCCUUUCCAAAUAUGUACCCGAACAAUUUCGCAUAAACAAUGGAUUCUGUUUAAGUUAUUUAAGUAAAGGAAUAAUAAUAAACAAAUAAAUGAAACAAAAAAAAAUAAUGACAACAUUCGUGUUUU